AUGGCGCAGUCACCACUGUCCCCAUCCCAUGAAGUUUUUCCCCGAAACCCAAAGCAAGAAGCAGGUGGACGAAGUGAGGGCUGCCAUCAUCAUGUCCCUAGUGAUAUGAUGAUGCUCCCUUACAUCUCACGCAUGCUGAUGGAGGACGAGGACGACACCGACGAUAAGCUGCUCUCUGAUCACCCUGCGCUUCUCCAGGUGGAGCAGCCCUUUGCUCAAAUCCUCUCCUCCCCUUCCCCUGGUGACACAAAUGAUGGUGGUGGUGGUGAUGAAAGGUCGACACCCAGCUACUCAUCCUUGUCCAGGUGUCCAUAUGCAGUAGUGGGGGAGUUCUUGAAGGGCAUGGAUCAGGCAACAAACAUGCUGUUGCCCGGAGCCGGAGGCUUCAUAUGUGAUGAUGAGCUGCAGGUGAAUCAAACGGCGGCCAGGGAAAGUAGGUCAAAGAAGAGGAAUAAUAGAGAUGAUCAUAAUUUACAAGACGAGGUAAUAACAAGGAGCAGCAAAGCCGUGAUGACGAUCAAGCAGCAGCACGAGGAUAUUUGUGUCCAUGAGACGAUGUUAGAGGAUAUGAUGUCAAGUGGCCUCGAGACAUACAUUAGAGAAUUCGAGAAGCUGCGCGUCGACAUGGCGAACGAGGCUCAUCAGAAGAACAUCCGCAAGGGCGGUAAAAAGGCGGUGGUGAGUAACAAUGUGGUGGACGUAAGCUCCUUGUUGAUCUCUUGCGCACAGGCAGUGGCGGCAAAUGAUCACGUGAGAGCACGCGACCUACUGAAGCAGAUCAAGCAACAUGCAUCAGAAACAGGGGAUGCCACACAGCGGCUAGCUCACUGCUUUGCUAGGGGUUUGGAAGCACGGCUGUUGGGCAUGGGGAGCCAGCUUUGGCAAUUGGUAUUGGCAGAGCGCCUCUCAAUCGAGGAAUUUCUCAAGGCGCAGAACCUCUACAUGGCAGCCUGCAGCUUCAACAAGGUGGUGAUCUGUUUUUCCACAAUGACCAUCUUGCAGGCCAUUCAGGGCAAGACAAGGCUGCACAUUGUAGACUACGGUAUGCGCUUCGGGUUCCAUUGGGCACACUUGCUUCGCUUGCUAGCGAGUAGGGAAGGUGGUCCACCAAAGGUGAGGAUCACCGCCAUACUCCGGUCACGUCUCCGGCCAUGUCCAGCUGAGCUGAUUGAGGACACAGGGCGCCGGCUCAUCAAAUGUGCACAUGACUCUGGCGUGCCAUUCAGUUUCCAUGUCAUAAGGAAAAAAUGGGAGGAAGUCUGCAACGAGGACUUGGACAAACACCCCGACGAGGUGCUCGUAGUGAAUGACCACUUCAAUUUCAGCACCUUGAUGGACGAGAGCAUAUUCUUCGAUAAUCCUAGCCCCAGGGAUACCGUCCUCCAUAACAUCAACAAGAUGAUGCCAGAUGUGUUCAUCCAAAGCAUUCUGAAUAGUUCCUAUGGUUGCUCCUACUUGUCGCGGUUUAAGGAGGCCUUGUUCUACUACACGGCAAUGUUUGACAUGUUUGACGCAACCAUGCCGCGGGGAAGUAAGCCACGAAUGGUGCUUGAGCAGGGCCUGUUUGGAAGAGCUGCAGUAAAUGUCAUCGCUUGCGAGGGCAUCGACCUGUUGGAACGCCCUGAGAAGUACAGACAGUGGCAGCCGCCCCCGCCGCCGCCGCGCUCACCCGCCCGCGAUUCCGCCGCCGCGCUCGCCCGUCCUCGUCGCCGGUGCGGCCGCGCCACCCCCCUCGCCGUCGAUCCAAGCCUUUGCCCGCCUCUGUCCCCAGCCGCGCCACCUCCCGCGCCGUCCUCGUCGCCGUCCCCGCCCGCGCCCCCGCCGCCGCCGUCCACGCCGUCCUCGCCGUCCCCGCCCGCGCUUCGCCGUCCUCGCCGUCCUCGCGGUCCUCGCCGUCCUCGCGGCCUCUGCCCCCGUCCUCUGCCCCCACGCGCGCCCCCCGCAACCUCCUCGCCGGCCGCCCCUGCCCCCACCCCCGGCCGCGGCCCCGUCGCCGUCCACGCCGUCCUCAUCGUCGCCGUCGUCGCCCGCCUCUGCCCCGCCGUCCAGGCCGUCCCCUAA